AUGGUGCCCUUCUUUUCUCUCAUAUCCCUGCCCUUUGUGUACUUCGUGUUCACUCCGGUGGCCCAGUAUUUGGCGGUUAUAGCUUCUGAUGCGUUUGUGGGGAACAUUAGGAGGAUAGCAAGACGUAUUAGGAUUUACAAGAAGGGUCGGCGAACACUUCGUGAACACCGUAACCGUCUAGUUCGUAAACUACGUAUAGCGGUGAACGAGUACGGGCCUAAAGUCUUGGGACCUGACUUUGAGGAAAAGCGGAUCCUGAAGAAUGAGGAUGUGGAGAAUAUAGAAGACACACAGGUCUCUAGUUUGGCGUCGGCCGCUAGGAGUUAUUUGGGAUCGGUCAAGCAAGACUUGCAUGAUUUUGAUGUCGAUGUGAUCCCGGAAGAUUUGGUGGAGAUCAUAUCGUCUGUAUUCUCUACUGCUGGUCACGCUGUCAGACGGGAGGUGUCAAUGGAAUAG